AUGGAUCAGCUGCUGAAGGAGCCUCAAGGAAUGAAGGAGAUCAGGAGGCUUUCGGCCUUGGCCAAAUCCUCAAGGAGCCGACGCCAAACUGCUGAGGGGAUGGGCACCACUGCAGUUUUGUGUUGCGUGACUCCAUCAACCUUGAUCGUUGGGAACUGUGGCGACUCACGCGCGGUCUUGUGCCGUGGCGGUUCUGCAAUCGAGUUGUCACAGGAUCACAAACCAGACUUGCCGGAUGAACGUGCUCGUAUUGAGCAAGCAGGUGGUUGGGUCCAAAGCGGCUCUGUGCCCAGGGUCAACGGGGACCUGAGCCUCUCAAGGGCUCUUGGGGACCUGGAGUACAAAGACGCGAAGCUUCCCCCAGAAAAUCACAUUGUUAGCGCGGUGCCAGAGAUUCGCUCAAUCACGAGGGGUAACACUGACGAAUUCCUUUUGUUGGCUUGCGAUGGGGUUUGGGACGUGCUCAGCAGCCAGGCAGCGGUGGACUUUGUGCGUCAGCAGCUGGGUGAUCCCAAGAGUUGGGGUUGGCGGAUCGCCACGGGAAAGCUGAAGGGCUCGGAGAUUCUGAGCCAACUUUUGGAUCAUUGUUUAUCACCUGAUUUGGCAUCGACUGCUGGCUUGGGUGGUGACAACAUGACUGCGGUCUUGGUGCUUUUCUUGUCGAAUUCACAUCAAGGCAAAGCCGUGAAGUUCUGGCCGUGUGUGGAGCCUCAUUUGAGGCUACGGCCAAGGCUUCUGGAAGCGAACUGA